UUGGUAGAUAAGGUGGCACAGCUCCCGUUCUAAACCGUAACUCCAUUUUGGUGCAUCUCAGGCUUUCUGUAUGUGUGGGCAUGUUGGGCUAGCUCCUUUUUAAGCGGUGUGAUGCCUGGGGCCAGGAGAAACUAGACUGGAGAAGUUGGAGGCAUUGCUUCAUCCAGGGGGAACCAGUUCGCCUGCCUUUGUCUCUUGCCAACGUACAGCCACUUUUGCAGCUAUUUAGUCUGGAAGGACCAUGUGGUAAGUCCUGCUAGGUCUUGAAGAAGAGAGCCCAGCCAAAGGAAAGAUGGCAUCAUUGUGCCCUGGGGACCAGAGCUGUUAUGUGGCCGCCCUUCGACUAUUAUGUGCUGCUGCUCUUGUUGUUGCUGUGCAGAGUGCCUGUGACCCACCACCACGUCUGACUUACGCUACGCCAAAAGAGGACUACACUAAUACGACUUCUUUUCCUUUUGGGACCAGAGUAGAGUACACAUGUCGCCCAGGUUAUAGCAAACGUUUACCAUCUUUUCUUCGUUGCGAACACGAUUCUAGGUGGAUAGUCCCUUUUUCUACCUUCUGUGUUCCAAGACAAUGCCCUCAUCCUGCGGCACCGGACAAUGGCCAAGUGGUCAUUCUUACGGAUCUCCAGUUUGGUUCAACAAUAAAUUUCACCUGUGAAGACGGGUACCGAUUAAUUGGAAAUCCACAAUCCAGUUGUGUGAUUGCACAAGGGGGUGUUGAUUGGGAUCGAGAAAUGCCACUUUGUCAAUCGAUACCGUGUCUGCCGCCUCCGACAAUAAACCAUGGGACACACAGUGCAAUGAUUCUGGAGGAGUUCAGCUAUGGGACAUCAGUCACUUACAAGUGUGACAGCGUAAAGGCAGGAGAGAUUCCUUUCUCGCUUGUUGGAGAAGCUUCCAUCUACUGUACAUCCCGGGACAAGUAUAAUGGAGUCUGGAGUGGGCCUCCCCCUGAAUGCAAAGCAAUUCACUGUAAAACUCCGAACCUUGACAAUGGGAGAAUAGUGAACAGAUACAGCAGUGUCAAUACCUGGAACAGCAUCCUUUUGCUUGAGUGUAAUAAAGGUUUUACCCUCCACGGCAGCAGCAACAUUCAGUGCAAUGAGAAUAGUACCUGGAGCCCUCCGGUACCAGUUUGCGAACAAAGCGGUUGCUACGACCCCCCUAAUACUGAUAAGAUUAUGCAACGUUCCUUUUUUUUCUCAAGUGAAGAGCUGAGCGCCGAGUAUCCAGUUGGCUCUGUGUUUACAUACACCUGUUGGUCAGGCUAUGAGUUCAGGCCUGGAGAAAACAAGCUCACUAUUACCUGUCAAAGUAACUUUCAGUGGUCUAAAGAUCCAAGUCCGUGUGGGAAAAUUUUGUGUCUAACCCCUCACAUUGACAAUGGAAUAGUGGUGCCCAGUUUUUGGCUGCCCAGAUUCUAUGCAGCAGCAAAUGAGAAGAGGAAAUACGAGUAUGGCGAUACCGUUAGGAUCCAAUGCAAUCAUGGGUAUCGCCUCCAUGGUGACAAAGAGAUACGCUGCCACGAAAAUGGCAACUGGAGUCCUGCACCCCAGUGUGUCCGAGAGCCUGUGUGUCCAUCCCUGCAUAUUGAACAUGGGACACUGGUAUCUAGCCAUGGAAUGCAGCAUGCACCUGGAAGCACUGUUGAGGUUCAGUGCAAUGCUGGUUAUGUCCUCAAUGGCCCCCCGUGGAUUGUGUGCCAGUCUGACGAGACAUGGAAACCUCCGGUACCCUUUUGUGAUAAAGCCUGUGGGCCACCUCCAGAUAUUAAGCGAGGGCAGCAUUCUGGCGGCACCAAGGAACACUUCUUCUAUGGCUCGGAGGUUAAGUACAGCUGUGCCAAGGGCUUGUCGCUGAUUGGAGAGUCUUCCAUCUACUGUAUCUUGGAUGAUGAGUUCAAUAUGAUCUGGAGUGGGCCUGCCCCGCGGUGUGAAAUGGUUCGCUGCCUCAGGCCAGUGAUCGAAAAUGGACAAAUGACUACCACUAGGCAUGUUUUCCUAUAUGGCACCACUGUGCAGUUUUCUUGCAACGAAGGCUACAUGAUGGAUGGUAGUAGAGAGAGCCAAUGCCAAGAGUACAGUAUCUGGAGUCCUCCUCUGCCGUCUUGUCGUCUCGUUCAGUGUCCAAAGCCAGACCUGCCACAUGGAAAUGUGAUGGGCAACCAGGAUGAAAAAGCAUGGUACAGCAUGAAUGAAACCAUUACUUUCAGCUGUCCUGAGGGGCACCGAUUCUUAGGCUGCUGGCAUCUGUUUACGACUGACACAUGGACGAUUACUUGUUCUGCUGACGGCAAGUGGACAGACUUCCCCAAAUGUGUGAAAGAGGAUGAGGUGUAUAAGACGGCGUACGAUGUCAAAGAGUUUCGGCAGUGUGAUAUUUCUCUGUCGCAAGUGAGGAUCCUGCAGGAAAUACAAAACCUAAAGCUGGAAGUCAAGAGGCUGACAGGGGAUAGCCAAGAUUUAGUUUCCUGCCUGCUUUUCAUGGAGCUACAUUUGAUUGGCACGUGCUUGGACGUCUCUCAACACCAUGCGCCCAGUAAGAUGGCUAGUGCCCUGCCAGGCAGCACCCUCGCUGUCAGCCCUGCUCUCCAGCCUUGGCUCUCACCCAGCACCAUGAAGGCAUCUCUUUGCGGGUCCUGGCAGCUCCUGGGGACCUUCAUGCUUGUGUUGCUGCCAAUGGGGGCUCUUGAGAGCUGUAAGGAGCCACCUAACAUCCCUCAUGCUUUCCAAAAGAAUUAUGUUGGCCAACUGAUUCCCCCUGGGACUGUGGUGAUGUAUGGCUGCAACAGGGGUUACGAGUUCAUCUCCGGAAUCACCCAGGGGCGCGUUACUUGUCUGCAAAAUCUGACAUGGUCUGAAGUACCAAACUUUUGUCAGAGAGUUCAGUGUCCGCCUCCACAAAUUGCAAAUGGCACGUAUACGCCACUGCCGAAAACUGGAGAAGAGAAAUACGCAUACGAAGAUGCUGUUACCAUUGAAUGCAAUGCCGGGUAUGGCGUCAAUGGCUCUACUCAGAUUCGCUGCAGACACGAUGGCUCUUGGGAUCCCAGAGUACCGCACUGUGUUCCAGGUUGUGGCUCACCCCCACGUGUUGAAAACGGGCAUCACAACCACCCAGGCAGGGGAUAUUUCUCUACUGGAUCCUCGGUGACAUACAGAUGUCUCAAAGGUUACACGCUUCAGGGAGAGGCCUCCAUUCGUUGUGAGACUGGUGAUGAUGAAACCGCUGCAUGGAGUGGCCCCCUCCCGCAGUGUGCAGCGGUUCAGUGUCCAGCCCCAAGUAUUCAGAAUGGAAGACUGAAACCUCCACUCAGCCAGAAUUAUAGCUAUAAGAGCAACAUCUCGUUUGAAUGUGAUCCCGGGUAUGUCAUUAGGGGGAGCGAAAUCAUCUGGUGCCAAGCUGACACUAAGUGGGGUCCUCGGCCACCAGUUUGUAACCUGGGUAGCUGCUCCUACCCCCCAGCCAUUGACAAUACUAACCAGGUUCCUCGAAAAGAUUUCCCAGUAGGGUCUGUAGUCACCUACUCCUGCAGACCUGGUUACGCCUUGAUCCCUGGAGUAAUUCCCAGGAUUACUUGUCUUACCAAUUUCACGUGGUCCAAAGUCCCGGAGUUUUGUGAGAAGCUGUACUGUCCAAACCCAGCUAUUGAAAAUGGAGCCCUGAUCUCGGUCAGUAGGAAGGAGCACACGUUUGGAAACCAUGUCGAGUUUAGCUGCCAUUUCGGCUACGUCCUCAGAGGCAGUUCCUCAGUUCACUGCGGGGGCGAUGGGGAGUGGCAUCCUCCACUGCCCUUCUGUGAUAAAGUCUGUGGCCCACCUCCAAGUAUCACCAAAGGCAAGCACUCCGGCACCGGCCAGGGGCGUUACCCUUAUGGAUCAAAAGUCACGUACAGCUGUGCUGAGGGCUUAUCCCUGAUUGGAGAGUCUUCCGUCUACUGUACAUCAGACAACGGGGUAAAUCUGACCUGGAGUGGCCCUGCCCCACGGUGCAAACUUGUUCGCUGCCCCAUGCCAGUGGUUCACAAUGGAAGGACAAUCGGUGACAAAACUGCUUUUCUGUAUGGAGCCACCGUGCAGUUUUCUUGCAACAAAGGCUACAUGAUGGAUGGCAAUGGAGAAAGCUGGUGCCAGGAAGACAGUACAUGGAGUUCUCCUGAGCCAGCUUGUCAGCCGGUCCAGUGUCCAAAGCCAAAAGUGGAAAAUGGAAGAAUGGUCAACCCCACGGGUGAAAAACCGUGGUACAAAGUGAAUGAAACCGUCUCUUUCAAGUGCUCUCCGGGAUACCAGUUUUCAGGCCAUUGGUACCUGCCUGUAACUGAGACUUGGAAAAUUACCUGUUCUGCGGAUGGCAACUGGACAACGUUCCCCACGUGUAGAAAGCAAGGCAGUUCUGCCAUGUGUGACGUGGUAGUUGACAGCCGACAUGCUCUGCAGUGCGGUGUGCCCCUGAUGCAACUGAAGUCCCUGCUGGAAGUCCAGAAACUGUAUCUGGAGAUCGAGAAGCUGAAGCGGGAGAUUAAAACAUUAGGAUAAAUACCUGAAACUUGCACCCAAGUCAUAACACACUUCUUGGGAUACAGUUUGUAUAACUGCAGUGUCCAUAGGAGGAUGGGAACUGAUUUCAUAGUAUGUGUUAGUGCACCCAGUAGGCUGAGGACGAGUAGCCAGUAGUUGAGGGAUUAGAUUAUAGCGAGCUGAACUCCUGUAGUUUAGAGUUUUCUGCUUUCCUGACUCUCCUGCUAGUGAAGUGAAGUGAAGCAAGAGUAUGAGUCCAUGCUUAUGAGCUAGGUAUUUCAGGUUGUCCGGCAAGUUUUUUGUGUGGAAAAGUAAACAGAGUCAAACUCAGAUUAUUUGUUCAUCUAGGAAAACGUGCCAAGCAAGGAGAACCUGGAUUGAAUUGCAGGAAAGUAAACAUCCAGGUGAGAUGAGUUUUGGACCCUCCUUAGAUGGAGACUUAUAUUGCCCAACCUCAGUCCUGUGGAUGGCCCAGAAUUCCUGUAUGCUCAGUGUAACCUUAUAUAUUCAAUGCUUUUUUGACAUGCUUAUGGGGAAUAACGGGGAGUGAGCGUUUGACUGUCUGAUUUCUGCUAGCCUUCAGUAAAGUUUUGGGCACCA